AAUGUCUACUCAGUCUGCUGCUGACCUUCAUGUUCUUGCUGCCCUGUACGUUGUAACCUUGUCUUUCUGUGGUAAGUUUGGAACUUAUUGGUAUAAUGAGUGCAAUAAAGGUACCUAUUUUGCUAUCCAGAGUAACUGCUCAUGCACGAUUUUAAAUCUACGAAAAAAACAUGCGUUUCACAUGGAUUCCUCCAUUAUCACUCAUACAUAGUAACAAACGUCACGCAAACUCCGGGCGAAAAAACCUUUAGUUUAGAGGUUACUUUGGUGAAAUUAGACGUACGGAAAUGUUUGGACAUAGUUUGUGAGAUCCAAAGAGCUAUUUUUGUUAGACAGUUAGGGCGGUUAGCCAUGUUUUUAAAUGGCGACAAAAUGAUGAGACUGUUUAAGCUGCGGUUGCAUUUAUUGAAAAAAGAAAUUAAAAUGGUUCAGAAAGAAGAAGGAAGUCAGGCGUGUCGUAUUUAUAUAUAUCCGCUUUGAAAUUUCCCUGUGACUCUUAUGCUGCAAUUUCUGUUUGUAAACCACGCAAACUUACAUAGUGUAUUGACGGUCGUUGACACGAAAAGGAUGAAAUUGUUCGUUUACUGGAGAUAGGCUUUCCGAAAGUCCACUUUGGCUUAAAGUCUCGUAGACUUUCAGUCUUAACUUUUUCGUCGCUGGGAGGCUGAAGUUUGCUCUUUAGACUGUUUACAAUGAUUUCCGUUUACGAUCUAUCAUGUAAACGUGCUUUAGCUCGAUCCCACGAUGUCCCUGUUUACGAUCGAUUGGACGUAAGUCGCGUAAACACGCUUUAGUUUGUAUGCCUUUACGAACUUGAUAUCCGUUCAUAUCCGUGGAGAAUUGUCAUGUGUGGGACGAAAGCCAUGUGAACACGCUUUAGCUCGUAUGCGUUUAAUAUAACGAACUUCGGAUAUCCAAUGAUAUCCCGUCUUACGAUUUGUCACGUGUUGGACAAAAGCGGUGUUAACUCGCUUUAGCUCGUCUGUGUCUACGAACUUAAUAUCCGAAGAUUCCCGGUUUACGAUCUCUCAUGUGUGGACAAAGUCGUGUGGAGGCGCAGUUUGCUCGGAUGCGUUUACGACUGAACUUUAUAUCUGAUGAUAUCUGUUUAAGAACAGUUGUGUGGACAAAAGCUAAAAAACGCACUUUAGUUUAUAUGAUUUAAUAAAUUUGAUUUUCCUUUUAGAACAGUCAUGUUUGCACGAAAGCCGUUUGAACCGGCUUUAAGCUCGUAUACGUUUACCGCUGCGGAAAUCCGAAGAUAUCCCACUUUAGUAAAAUCCAACUAGUGGUCUAUUAUCAAUGCUGCGUUCUGAUUGAUUGAGCUACUACUAGGCUAUAUGUUAUAGCCCACAAGUAGCAAAAAGCGCGGGCUUUUUGGCGGCAAAAAGGAUUAAAGUCUAGCUUAAACUAGCUAAAAGUUUUUUUAGCUCGAUAUUUUUGACCAACUAGUUGGAUUUUACUAAAAAGAUUAUUCCUCUCGCCCUCAUGGCCUCUUCGGGCUCGAGGACUAAUUGUUAAUUACACUCUCUCAUGUGUGGAACGAAAUUCGUGUGAACGUGCUUUAGCACGUAUCCGUUUACGAACUUGAUAUCUACCGAUAUCCCGUUUUACCAUCCGUCUUUUGUGGACAAAAGUUGCGCAAAGGUGCGUUACUUUGUAUGCGCUUACAGUCUUAGAGAUUCUUGUGUGUAAAUGCAUGUGAACCGUACCAGGGUGUUGUUACAUUAGCGGGUUGGUGGGGAGAGUACUAACUCUCGAGGGCGCAGAACAAGCUAAGGAGAGUUGUAGAAUAAGAUCCACUUUCAAAUGUUAGAAUUAGUGUGAGCCAUAUAGCGAUUCAAACCUGGCGCUUUGUGUCAACAAGAGGCUUAUUUGCUCUUGGUUUAUUGAAGUAAGUAAAAAGUUGAUUAAAAACACGAAUCUUCCCUACAAGCCAGGUUUUUCCUUUGUUCUUGUUCAAUCCUUACUUAAAUUAAUGAUUGCUUGUCUUAAUCCUUGUUUCAGCAUCACAGAACGUCUCGAUUUCACAAGAAACAAACUCCAGGUUAGUCUUAACAGAACCCAUGGUUGUGUCAGAAGAACUUCUUGUCCACAGUUACAGCAGAUGCUUAAAUUGACGCCCAGGCGCUUAUUUACCAUUUUGAGUUGGGUUUAUUCGACGAGUUGGGUGGGGACGUUUGUUUGAAGGGGGCUCUUAAUUCGUUGUUCAACUGUUUGCCACAAAAUAAAAAUGUAUUUAUUUCCAGUAAAUACGUACCGUAACAGUAACAUAAACCCAGAUGGAUGAGCAAUCAAAGGUAGAACAAGCUGCUCACAAAUGCCUUUUUUUUUCAGCUGUAUUCCUGCGGAGCCCCCAGUCAGCUCUGCCAUGAGGAACGCGUCUUGUUCUUUUUACCCUAAAAUAGAUGGAGCCUGUGAAGACAUCAUAAGUAGUCGAUAUGUUUAUGGGGAUCCUGGUUUCUUGAGAGGAAGCGAGAGUCUCAAUGCAAGGUUCAAUGGUUACUUAAAAGCGGGAUUUAUAUCUGAAGGAUGCCAAUUUUCCAUCAAGGAAUUGGCCUGUCGCUAUUUGUUUCCAUUGUGUGAUACCUCUCUAAACAAGCCUCGUGCUCAGGGGAUUUGUCGUAAGACUUGUCAGUUUGUGCUCCAUGGAAAGUACUGCGCAAAAGAGUUAGAUGUCCUGAGAACAAUUGCGAAAACAGAUCCUGUUUUUAUCGAAAAUCUAAUCAACUGCACUAUAUACCCAGCUGCCAAUGGAGGAGAGGCAUCAGAAUGCUACCAACACCCUGCAUUACCAGGUGAUUACUUGUAAUAUUUCCUGUGUGGCUUCAGCCCCCAGUUGUUCAAAAAGUUGAUAACGCUAUAGUACAAUUGUUUUCUUUAAUACUUAUGGGUCAUUAUACGGUUCUGGGAAACUGCCCACCUGCCCCUCCCCUAAGCUAGCAUAACACUUACUUCUCACUAGGGGCAAAAUGUUGGCUUAGGGGAGGAGUAGGUGGGCAGUUUUCCAGAAACAUCCACUGGAUAGGGAUUUAUCAGGUGGAUAGCGCGAUCCGGCUUUUGAACAACUGGGGCCUGGUUUAUAUUUUUUUUUGAAAAAGAAAGAGUCUUAACGUAAAGUUCUUCUCUUUUUCUUUUUUAAAGGCGACAAAACCAAAAGUACAGGUUUGUGAAUCUUUUCUUAGCAUGCUUCUAAAGCACUAGCCUAAGUGAUCUCUUGUCUAACGAGGGACUGACACUCGAAAUGUCACUUUUUGAAUUUUAUUACUGAGUCAAAAGAGGCACUUGCUAAGUACAAUAUGCAAUCCUUAGAUUGCUACCAUGGCAUUGGCGUUGGAUAUCGUGGUAAAGUGAAUAUAACUCGUUCAGGCCGUUCUUGUCAGCGGUGGAUUUCUCAAUGCCCUCAUCGUCAUCUGCGGAUUCCUGAAGAUGUUGUUGAUGGUCAGAAUGACUCCAACAUGUGUCGUAACCCAGAUGCUAGUGCCCCGGAGGGACCUUGGUGUUAUACCACUGACCCUAAGGUUCGAUGGGAGUACUGCAACAUAUCCCGCUGCCCUCCAAGAGGUACUUUUAAGUUUUGUUUUUGCAAAAUCUUACAGCUUAAGAAAGAGCAGUUCAAUAUGCAUGCUGCCAAAGAGGUACGUUUGAUUAGUUACACCAAAAGAUAUACUUUUCCAGUAGACUCAUAAGUAAAGUCUAAUUAUUUUCCUUCUUCGUUGGUUUACUCACUAUGUUUUUUUCUUUCUCUUCUGUUUGUUAAUUUCCCUUCUUCUUCCUUCCUCCCCCUCCCUCUUUCCCUCCAUUCCUUCCUUCCUUUCUCGCCCCCCCCCUUGCAUCCCUCCCUCUUUCCUUCCUCCAUUCCUUUCUCCUCCUUUCCUCUUCCCUUCCUUCUUCCUUCGUUCCCUCCUUUCUUCCUUCCUUCCUUCCUCCCUUCUUCUGUCCCCCCUCCCUGCAUUCCCCUCUUCCUUUCCUCCCUCCCUCCUUCCUUCAUCCUUCGUUCCCCCCGUUCCUUCGUCCACUCCUUUCUCCCCCUCUUCCCUUCCUUUUUCUUUUGCUCGUUCCUUCCUUCCUCUGUCCCCCCUCCCUGUAUUCCCCUCUUCCUUUCCUCCCUCCUUCCUUCCUUGAUCCUUCGUUCCCUCUUCCUUCCUCCAUUCCUUUCUCCCCCCUUCCCUUCCUUCUUCCUCCCUCCCUUCCUUCCUCUGUCCCCCCUCCCUGUAUUCCCCUCUUCCUUUCCUCCCUCCUUCCUUCCUUGAUCCUUCGUUGCCUUCUUCCUUCCUCCAUUCCUUUCUCCCCCCUUCCCUUCCUUCUUCCUCCCUCUCUUCCUUCCUCUGUCUCCCCUCCCUGUAUUCCCCUCUUCCUUUCCUAGCUCCCUCCUUCCUUCAUCCGUCGUUCCCUCCUUCCUUCCUUCGUUUCUUCUUUCCUUCCUUCCUUCUUCCCUCUUCUCCUUCUUCUUCCCUCCACCUUUCCUCCUUCACUUCUUCCCUCCCUUUUUCUCUCACUUUUGUUUGCGAAAAUUUCCAUUCACCAGUUCCAUCUGAUGGCCCGAGUUUCCUAAGAGGAUAUCCUCUCAACUCAACUGCAAUUCACAUAUCCUGGGAACGUAUCCCUCCACCCUCUCACAAUGAAAAGCUCCUGGGAUACCGCAUAAGAUACAGACGCCUUGGAUCCCAGUUAUAUACUGAAAAGAAUGUUACUAGUAACAGCACAGAAGUUGUGAUCAGCAGACUUGACUUCCGAACUUCGUAUGAAAUUAAAGUAAAUGGCUUUAACGAAGUUGGUCACGGACCACCUGGAAACCUCAUUACUGUACAAACCUUGCAAAAGGGUAAGUAAAUGCAAUCCCACUCUGCACUCUUCCAUUAAUUGUUCUGUAAUUAAUUUUAGUUAUUAGUUAUUGCAAUAUUCUUGAAGUAGAGGAAUGGGUGUAGCCCAAUUUAUAGAUACUGCCAUUGUACACUCUGUGAACUUUGAUGAUACUAAGUUUUUAAAGUGAAUAAUCU